AUGGCAAACGAAAUCCAAGCUGUAUUCUGCACGGCCGUAGGAAAGGUUGAAAUCAAAGCGGCGCCCAAGCCUACGCUGCAUCCCGGGUAUCUCCUCGUCAAGACCAAAGCCGUAGCUCUCAACCCUACAGAUUGGAAGAGCAUCUACGAUCCGUCAGGUCUCGCAGUAGGAACUCGAGUAGGCGUUGACUUCUCGGGUAUUGUCGAAGAAGUCGGCGCCGAUGUGAAGCAGCCAUGGACAAAGGGUGACAGAAUCUGCGGUUUCGUCUUCGGAGGAAAGCAUGCAGAGAGCGGAGCAUUUGGCGAUUAUCUCGUCGCAACCCCUCACAACCAAUUGAAAAUCCCCGACAAUCUCAGCUUCGAAGAGGCUGCUACCCUAGGCGUGGCCGUCACCACCUGCGGCCAGGCACUCUAUCAACUGCUCAGUCUCCCGCUGCCUCCGGCCCCGGCUUCCGAUCCUCCUCGGUGGAUUCUCAUCGGCGGCGGAAGCACGGCCACUGCCGUAGUUGGCAUCCAGUAUGCCAAGCUGUCUGGACUUAAGGUCGCCGCCACGGCUUCGCCAUACAACUUUGAGUACCUGCAGUCCCUCGGAGUCGAUCUUCUCUUGGACUAUCACGAAGAUACAGAUGCCCUGGUAAAGAAGAUUCGGGCGGUUACCGGAGACGACCUGCUCCUAGCGUGGGACUGCUCACCCAAUGACAAGUUCCCCAAGGUAGCAGGCCUCUCGCUUAGCCAGACUAAGAAGAGUAUCUACGCUACCGUGAGUCCUCUUACGCCACCCGAUUUCCUAAAGAAGACCAAUCCCCUAGUCGAGUCCAAGUUUCAGCUUGGCUACACGGCCUUUGGCGAGACAUUUACACGUAUGGGCGUAGAGUUCCCCGCGUCCAAGGAAGACGCGGAUUUCGCUGAAGCUUUCUGGGCACACAGCGAGCCCCUCUUGGCAGAUGGAACCAUCAAGCCCACCAGAUUCACGCUCAACAGGGGCGGCGAGAGCUGGGCUGGUGUAGUUCACGGGUUGGAAGAGCUACGCAACGGGCGCGUGUCUGGUACUAAGCUGGUAUACACGGUAUAAGUCACAUUCAUCAUCAAGGAACUGCAGCAGAGU